AUGGGGUUCGACCAAGAGAAGAUAUCAAACGCCAUCUACAAGGCAAUGUUUGCCACAUCCAACCCCGACCGCGGCGUGGCCGAGCAGCUGACAAAGCAUGUCGUGGAGAAGCUCAUGCAGCAGGGGUUCUCGGCCGAUCGGCCGCCCAGCGUCGAGACCAUUCAGGACAUGGUAGAGACCACACUGAUCGAGCGGGGACACAGCGAGAUCGCCAAGGCCUACAUUCUGUACCGGCACGAACGAAGGAAGGUAAGGGAAGAGAAGAUGAGGAUCCUCAACACAAAGGAUCUUGAUCCCGUGGCAAAAAGAUUCGACACCAACUCCCUGCGCGUCCUUGCCUCCAGGUACCUUCUAAGAAACAACAAGAACGAGAUCGUCGAGGGCCCGGAGGAGAUGUUUAAGAGGGUUGCAACGCUUGUUGCCAUCGGCGAUCUCAUAUACAGCCAGCAGAUAUUCACAAUAAAUGGCAACCAGAAGCAGAGUAUCAAGGAGGCCCAGGCGUAUCUUGAAAAACUGGACGACUUUGACUACAAGCUCAGGAUUGGCAAUUACUACCUCAACAAGUUUCACCUGCGGUCCCUAAUCAACUGCUACGUAUACCUUGCCCGCGGCGGACACAUGACCAAGAGCUUCAAGGAGCUGAUGAGGAUGAUCGCCGCCAAGAAGUUUAACAGCUAUGCUGAGAAGAUAGACGAGUACUUUAAGCUGAUGGCCUACCAGGACUUUCUGCCAAACUCCCCAACGAUGAUGAAUGCAGGAGCCCGGCUGGGGCAGCUCUCUGCGUGCUUUGUGCUGGACAUGCCCGAUGACAUGGGGGGAAUUAUGAAGACCACGUCCGACGCGGCCAUGAUCUUCAAGUCCGGCGGCGGAGUCGGAAUCAACUACUCUGGCCUGCGCCAGGAAGGCGACAUAGUCGCAUCCACGUCUGGUGUGGCAUCGGGUCCCGUAUCGUUCAUGAAUAUAAUAAAUUCGGUGACCGAGGUGGUAAAACAGGGCGGAAAACGGCGCGGCGCGAACAUGGGAAUCAUGGAGGUGUGGCACCCGGAUAUUGAAAAGUUUGUCACCAACAAGACCGAGCCCGGCAUUCUUGAGAACUUUAACGUCAGCGUGGGACUCUGGGAGGACUUUUGGGAUACGCUGCUCAACACGAGCGAGGGCAAGUAUGCGCUUCGCUCCCCGCGUGACAGGAGCCCCGUCAAGGAGGUAAACGCCCGCCGCCUGAUUGACCUGAUUGCUCUGUCUGCGUGGAAGAGUGCAGAACCCGGACUGAUCUUCUUUGAUCAGAUCAACCGGUACAACGUAUUUGCAAAGGCAAGAGGGGGCCCGCUUCGCGCAACAAAUCCCUGCGGAGAGCAGAGCCUGUAUCCGUACGAAUCCUGCAAUCUGGGAUCCAUCAAUCUGGCAAACCUGGUGAAGAGAAAGGCCGACGGGGAGUACGAGUUUGACUGGCAGAGGUACGAGGAGACCGUCAGAAAGACCACCAGGUUUCUGGACAGCGUAAUAGAUGUGAACCUCUACCCGGUGCCUGAGAUUGACGCGGCGUCCAAGGAGUCCCGCAGGAUCGGGCUGGGCGUGAUGGGGGUGGCAGACCUUCUCUACAAGCUACGCAUACCGUACAACUCCGAGGAGGGAUACGAUCUGCAGAACAAGCUGGCCGAGGCACUGACGUACUAUUCCAUGGAGGAGAGUGUUGCCCUUGCCAAGGCCCGCGGCAGGUUUCCGCUGUGCCCGAAGACCGAGUACCCCGACGGGAAGAUCCCGGUUGCCGGCUACUAUGAGAAGCCAAAGGAGCAGCACAGGUACGAAUGGGACACGCUCAUAGACAGAAUCAAGGAGCACGGAAUCAGAAACGUGCUGACGACCACCGUUGCCCCCACCGGAACCCUUUCCAUGAUCGCAAGCUGUUCAAACGGAAUGGAGCCCACAUUUGCCCUUGCCUAUGAGAAGAGGGUGACCCUGGGCAAGUUCUUCUACGCCAACUCGAUAAUAAAACAGGUGCUUGAGGAAGACAACCUGUACACCGAUGAGAUACUUGCAAAGAUUGCAGACAACUACGGCUCCCUCAAGGGAAUACCGGAGAUUCCCGAGUGGAUGCAGAAGAUCUUUGUCACGGCAAUAGACAUUCACUGGUCGGACCACCUGAUGGCACAGCAGGUGUGGCAGCAGUGGAUAGGAAACGCGAUAGCAAAGACCAUCAACAUGCCACACGACGUACUGCCGGAGGAUGUCGCAGCCGCAUAUCUUCUUGCACACGAGCUUGGGCUGAAGGGGAUCACGGUCUACAGGGACGGUUCAAGGCACAAGCAGGUUCUGCACAUAACCAACAAGAACACCGAGAAGAACUUUGAUGUAGUGCCUUCGCAGGUGGUGACCGACUUUGUAUCCCAGAAUAUAACAAACCAGUACAUGCGGGACCAGAUAAGCAACUCGCUGAAGAUCAGGCCCGGCGAGGACAUCGUUGUGACUCACAAUAUCGCCGAAAGCGUACCCGAGGGAAGCCUGUGCCCCGAGUGCAAGAACAACCUCAUCUUCGCCGAGGGCUGCAGCCUCUGCAUCGAGUGCGGAUACAGCCACUGCACGUCAGGAUAG